UGCAUCUUCUGCGGCCGAAAACUUAUUCGUGACUCAUCGUUUCAGUUUGAGAUUGGAGAAUAGUUGCAGCAAUGGAUAGUAACGAGGGGAACAAGAAGGAGAAAGACCUUGAGCUUUUUUUUGAGGAUGUUAUAAACGACGCUGCGCAACUUGAUGUUGAAACGGCUAAGUUAGAGAGUGAGAGUAGUAGCAGUGAUGAGGAGGAGGAGGAACUUCAUCAAACGCACUCUCACUCUUUCACUUCUCUCCAAUGGCCCCAAAGUUACAAAGAGACUACAGAUUCUUAUACACUUGCAGCAACUCCACAUUUUGAAUCAAUUCUACGAGUACCAAGUAUUAUAUUGUCCAGUUUUGAAAAUCGUCCAAAGCAUAACUUGCAAAUAGAUGAAAAGACUCCUUUCCUCUCUUGUCCUGAAGUCACUACCCAAUCACCAUUGCAGAAGGAAGACGCAGCGCAAGGGCAUUUAGUAGCCGAAUUGCCCGUUAGUCGUGGCUGCAGCUUAAUUCAAACAAUUUUCAAUGCAACUAAUGUGAUGGCUGGAGUUGGCAUUCUCUCAACACCUUACACAAUGAAAGAAGCUGGUUGGAUUAGCGUGGUGUUGAUGGUUCUUUUCGCUGUCAUUUGUUGCUAUACAGCCACCCUUAUGAGAUACUGCUUUGAAAGCAGAGAAGGAAUCAAUAGCUACCCAGAUAUAGGAGAAGCUGCAUUUGGAAAAUAUGGUCGUAUUAUUGUAUCAAUCAUCUUGUACACGGAAUUAUAUUCAUGUUGUGUAGAAUUCGUGACCUUGGAAGGAGACAACCUCACUGGACUAUUUCCGGGAACAUCCUUAGAUUUGGGUGGUUGGCAUUUAGAUUCUAUGCACUUGUUUGGAAUUUUUGCUGCACUUGUUUUUAUCCCAACUGUUUUGCUGAAGGAUCUUCGUAUAAUCUCUGUACUGUCAGCUGGAGGAGUUUUUGCAACACUGUUGAUUGUUAUCUGUGUGUAUUGUGUUGGGAUGAUGGAUGGUAUUGGAUUCCAUCACAGCACAAAAUUUGUCAAGUGGAGUGGCAUUCCAUUAGCCAUUGGUAUCCACGGAUUUUGCUUUGCAGGCCAUUCAGUUUUUCCAAAUAUUUACCAAUCUAUGGCUGACAAAACACAAUUUACCAAAGCAUUAAUUGUAUGUUUUGCAUUGUCUGUUGCAAUAUAUGGAGGUGUUGCUAUCAUGGGAUUCCUCGAGUUUGGCAACGACACCUUGUCUCAAAUAACAUUAAAUUUGCCACGAAAUGCAUUUGCCUCCAAGGUUGCAAUGUGGACAACAGUAAUUAACCCAUUCACCAAAUAUGCUUUAUUGAUGACCCCAUUAGCAAGAAGUCUGGAGGAGUUGCUACCAGAUAGAUUCUCAAGAACUAAUCAGUGUUUCGUUCUUAUCAGAGUUGCACUUGUUGUAUCUACACUUUGUGCCGCUUUUCUGAUUCCCUUUUUUGGGUAUGUAAUGGCUUUAAUUGGCUCUCUCUUCAGUAUACUUGUGUCAGUGAUAUUUCCAAGUUUAUGUUUUAUGAGAAUUGUGGGGAAAAAAGCAUCGUAUACACAGGUUGCGUUGAGCGUGGUAAUUACUGCAUUUGGAGUAAUUUUUGGAGUGCUAGGAACAUAUUCAUCUGUGGUCAAUAUUGUGAACAGUUACUGAGACAUCUACUCUUCUUCACUGGAUGGUUAAACUCAAUUUUUGUGUCACAAGUAUUUCUUUUCAUUUCAUUUUA